AUGGUAUCGACGAAGUCAAUGAAAGCAGCAGAGAAGGCGGCUCAGGCAGCCGAGAAAAGCACCGAUGCGGGCGAUGUAGGGCUCCACGGGGAGUUAGAGGAUCUCACGGAGAUCGAAGGGCUGAGGAAAGUCGUGGAGACGCAGGUAGAGAGGCAGGCGAGGGUCGAGGAGGAGCUGAAUGGUUUGCAGGUGCAAGCCCGAGACCAUGGCCGCACUCUCGACGCGUUGUUGGCGGCUGUGGAGGCAUUGCAGGGGCAGGUGAGCAGUCUGACGGAGGCUUGGAAGAGAGGCGGGACAGGAGCUGGCGACGGCGCGAAGCCGCCGGAGGAGAGAGGCGCGGCGGAGGAGGAGUCUGCCUCGGUGGCGGUGGACGGCGUCCAGGGAGCCGAGCGGGUCUCGGCGGGAGGAGGGGCGGCGGCGCCCAACCCUAGCCGACCCCCUAUUUUGCGUACGGGCCACGUCUCUUUCGGCCCGGCGGGCAAGGAUGGGCUUUUGCCUACCCCAUCGGCCAAAGAGGUGGCUCGCGCGCGUGGCAAGGCCAAGUUGGCCGAGUAUGUGGAUCCGGAUCUGCAAGCGGGCCUGAACUGGGAUGAGCUGGUGGAUCCGGAGCAGGAGAUGGAUCGCGGUCCAUGA